CCACUUGAAAAGUCCGCUCCAUUUGCACGGACUUCAUAUGGGAAUCCACGCCAGUUUUUUCCAGUCUCCCGGCUUAGUGUGUGUGAGUGAAACGAGGCUCUUGUUGUUUACAGCGUAGACUCGACUGAGCCCCGGAGACAGACAUCGAGGCAGGAUUUCACACGGGCACAAAGUGGUGUUGCAGAGACCAUUACAAGACCUAUAAAGAGCUCUUUCUACUACAAUAACUCUGCUUUUCUCCACAAUUGCAUUUUUUUUAACCAAAACUGUGCCCUUAGUACUACAUACACACACCAUUCUGGAACACGUUCCCAGGAAAAACUAAAGGGAACUGAAAAAGGGGAAGGAGAGACGGACCGGGCAAAGCGAGCGAGCGAGAAGGGGAUGCAGCUGAACCGUUUUCGUGCCGCUGCUGCUAGUGGCGGAUAUUUUGGAAAGAGCACCACUAUCUCUGCGGCUAGAAACCGAGGCUAGUAAGAGAGGAAAGAGAGUUUGCAUUUUCAUUCAUUGUAUAAAUUCCAGUGUUCAUGCAGUACGCACCGAGUCUGCAUUCGGAUUUGAAGUGUGUUUUUUUUUUUUUGGUACACAUUUGCUGAAUUCCGUUUUGUACGCACCGGGAGAUCUCCGUUGCGGGUUCGUUUUUAUCUCUAAAUAUAUCGUGCGUGACUCUGUGUCGGUGUGCGUGUGUUUCCCCUCUGCGCUCUCUCAAAUGGAGGUCGAAGAUGCUGAAUGUUACCAGCAGGACGAAUGCGGCACUUUGUGUUUUGUGUUAGGCUUCACAGCGUCUUUGUAUAAUUGGCAAGCCUAACGAAAUAUUUCCGUUUUUUUUAUUUAUUUAAUUUUUUUUUUUUGGGGGGGGGAAACACUUACUGAAACAUUAAACAACCGAGUAAGAGAAAACAAAGCUCUCUGUCUGGAUUAAGUUUUUUUUUUCUUGUUAAACAAACCGAGGAGUAUUUCUCGUUUUUUUGCGGUUUUUGUUUACGCCGAAGGAAUACAUUUGUGUGGGUUUUCUUGGGGGGGAGGGAGGGGAGGAGGACAGUAACAUUUGUUUUCAUUCAAAUUAUUUUUGGAUUAAUAAGAGGAAUGACUUCUGGAGCCGGACGUGAGCCCUUGACCUUGUUUUGGGGUCUUCUGCUGUCAGUCUGUGUGAUAUGUCUGUGCCCCGCUAAUGGAGAGAUCUGCGGCCCGAGCAUUGACAUCCGGAAUGACAUCCAUGAGCUGAAGCGCCUGGAGAACUGCACGGUGAUCGAGGGCUACCUGCAGAUCCUGCUCAUCUCCACGGCCAAGGCAGAGGACUUCCGGGGGCUGCGCUUCCCCAAGCUGACUCUCAUCACAGACUACCUGCUGCUGUUCCGCGUCUCGGGGCUGGAGAGCCUACGGGACCUCUUCCCCAACCUGACCGUGAUCCGCGGCCGCAUCCUCUUCUACAACUAUGCCCUGGUCAUCUUCGAGAUGACCAACCUGAAGGACAUCGGCCUCUACAACCUGCGCAACGUCACCAGGGGCUCCAUCCGCAUCGAGAAGAACCCCGACCUGUGCUACCUGGACACAGUGGACUGGUCCCUCAUCCUGGACGCCGACUACAACAACUACAUCUCCGGGAACAAGCAGAGUAAGGAGUGCGGAGACGUGUGCCCCGGCAUCAUGGAGGACAACCCACUGUGCACCAAGACCAACUUCAACAACAACUACAACUACCGCUGCUGGACCUCCAACCACUGCCAGAAAGUUUGCCCGGAGGAGUGUGAGAAGCGGGCGUGCAUGGACUCCAAGUGCUGUCACCCGGAGUGCCUGGGGAGCUGCACGGUGCCCAGCAACGACACGGCAUGCAUGGCCUGCCUCCACUACUACCAUGAGGGCCGCUGCGUGCCCAACUGCCCGCCCGACACGUACAAGUUCGAGGGCUGGCGUUGCGUCAGCAAGGACUUCUGCGCCAAGGUGCCCGGCGCCGACCCCAGCGAAUUCGAGAAGUUCGUCAUCCACAACGGGGAGUGCGUGCAGGAGUGUCCCUCUGGGCUGAUGCGCAACGAGAGUCAGAGCAUGUUCUGCAGCCCCUGCGACGGGCCCUGCCACAAGAUCUGCGACUCCAGCACCAUCGACUCCGUGGACACGGCCCAGUCCCUCAAGGGCUGCACUGUCAUCGGGGGGAACCUGGUUAUCAACAUCCGCCGCGGCAAUAACAUUGCUUCGGAGCUGGAGAGCUUCAUGGGGCUGAUCGAGACGGUGACGGGCUUCGUGAAAAUCCGCCACUCUCACGGACUGACCUCGCUGUCCUUUCUGAAGAGCCUGCGGUACAUCAAUGGGGAGCAGCGGCUGGAAGGGAACUACUCCUUCUAUGUGCUGGACAACCAGAACCUGCAGCAGCUGUGGGAUUGGGACCGGCACAACCUGACCAUCAGAGAAGGGAAGAUGUACUUCGCCUUCAACCCCAAGCUGUGCCUGUCCGAGAUCUACAAGAUGGAGGAGGCGUCGGGGACAAGGGGGCGGCAGGGCAAGGGGGACCUGAACCCCCGAAACAACGGAGAGAGAGCUUCCUGUGGGAGCUACAUCCUCAAGUUCAAGUCCAACAGCACCAUGAAGAACAAGAUCAAGCUGACCUGGGAGAGGUACCGCCCCCCAGACUACAGAGACCUCAUCAGCUUCAUAGUCUACUACAAGGAGGCGCCGGUCCGGAACAUCAAGGAGUACGAGGGGCAGGACGGCUGCGGCUCCAACAGCUGGAAUAUGGUGGACGUGGAUCUGCCCCAGGAAAAGGACAAGGACCCCGGCAUCCUGCUGGCCGGCCUCAAGCCCUGGACCCAGUACGCCAUCUUCGUCAAGGCCAUCACCCUGACCACCACGGAGGAAGGGCUCGUCCAUGGAGCCAAGAGCGAGGUGGUCUACAUCCGCACCAGCCCCUCAGUGCCUUCGGUCCCGGCGGAUGUGCGCUCGUAUUCCAACUCUUCAUCGAAGCUCCUGGUGAAGUGGUCGACCCCCACCCACCCCAACGGAAACUUCACCUACUACCUGCUCCGCUGGCAGCAGCAGCCCGAGGACAAGGAGCUGUACCUGCACAACUACUGCUCCAAAGAACUGAAGAUUCCCAUCCGGAUUCCGGCGACGGGGGCCAUCGACCCUGACGAGGACACGAACCCCGCGAAGACGGAGCCGGGAGGGGGGGACAAGGGCCCGUGCUGCCCCUGUCCCAAGACCGAGGCCGAGAUCAAGGCAGAGGCUGAGGACGCCUCCUACCGCAAAGUCUUCGAGAACUUCCUGCACAACUCCAUCUUCGUGCCCCGGCCCUUGGACCGCAGGCGGAGGGAGGUGUUUGCCAUGGCCAAUGCCAGCUUCCCGAGGGGCAGCAGCAACAACACGGGGCAGGAUCUGGGUGCCAACGUCACAGGAUCGGAGAAGGCGGAGCGCGAGUACCCCUUCCACGACACCACAGUGAAUGGCAAGGAGUGGACAGAGAUCUCACACCUGCAGCACUUCACCGUCUACCGCAUCGACAUCCACGCCUGCAACCACGAGGUUGGGCAGGGCUGCAGCGCGGCGAACUUCGUCUUCGCACGCACCAAGCCGGCAGAAAAAGUGGAUGACAUUCCGGGACCAGUGACGUGGGAGAAGUUGGAGGACAGCAGCAUCCACCUGAAGUGGACGGAGCCGCUCAAUCCCAACGGACUGAUCCUGAUGUAUGAGAUUAAAUACCGGCAGAGUGCAGAGCUGGAGAAGCACGAGUGUGUGUCCCGGCAGCACUACAGGGAUCACAGAGGAGCCCGGCUGACCCGCCUGGGCCCAGGGAACUACUCCGCCCGGGUCAGAGCCACCUCCCUGGCUGGGAACGGCUCCUGGACUGAGGCUGUGUCCUUCUACGUACAGGCAAAACCCCCGGAGUAUGAGAACGCACUGUAUCUGAUGAUCAUCAUCCCCAUCAUUGUGUUCCUGAUCAUCACGGGGCUGGUUGUCGCUCUCUACGUCGUUAAUAAGAAGAGGAACAGCGACCGGCUGGGGAAUGGGGUGCUUUACGCCUCUGUCAACCCGGAGUACUUCAGUGCUGCAGAAAUGUACGUGCCGGACGAGUGGGAGGUCCUGCGGGAGAAGAUAACCAUGUGCCGUGAGCUGGGCCAGGGCUCCUUCGGCAUGGUGUAUGAGGGCAUCGCCAAGGGCGUGGUGAAGGACGAGCCGGAGACGCGUGUGGCCAUCAAGACGGUCAACGAGUCGGCCAGCAUGCGGGAGCGCAUAGAGUUCCUGAACGAGGCGUCCGUCAUGAAGGAGUUCAACUGCCACCAUGUGGUUCGUCUCCUGGGAGUGGUGUCCCAAGGCCAGCCCACUCUGGUCAUCAUGGAGCUGAUGACCCGCGGAGACCUCAAGAGCUACCUACGCUCGCUGCGCUCCGAAGCCGAGAAGAACAUGGGCCAGCCCCUGCCCCCCCUGAAGAAGAUGAUCCAGAUGACGGGGGAGAUCGCCGACGGCAUGUCGUACCUCAACGCCAACAAGUUUGUGCACCGGGACCUGGCGGCCAGGAACUGCAUGGUGGCCGAGGACUUCACCGUGAAGAUCGGAGACUUCGGCAUGACGAGGGAUAUCUACGAGACGGAUUAUUACCGCAAGGGAGGGAAGGGGCUGCUGCCGGUGCGCUGGAUGUCCCCCGAGUCCCUCAAAGAUGGAGUGUUCACGACGAACUCUGACGUGUGGUCGUUCGGGGUGGUGCUGUGGGAGAUCGCCACGCUGGCAGAGCAGCCAUACCAGGGCAUGUCCAAUGAGCAGGUCCUGCGCUUCGUCAUGGAAGGAGGGCUGCUGGACAAGCCAGACAACUGCCCGGACAUGCUGUUCGAGCUGAUGCGGAUGUGCUGGCAGUACAACCCCAAGAUGAGACCCUCCUUCCUGGAGAUCAUCAACGGCAUCAAGGAGGAGCUGGAGCCGCCCUUCCAAGAGACCUCCUUCUACUACAGUGAGGAGAACAAGCCCCCCGACAUGGAGGAGCUGGAUCUGGACACAGAGAACAUGGAGAACAUGCCCCUGGACCCCUCCUCCAGCCUGCAGCCCUCAUCGGCGUGCCCCCUCCCGCAGCAGCAGCAACAGCAGCAGCCCCCCGCCCCCUCGGCCCCUCAGGGAGGCCUCGCUCCCUCCUCGGUCUCCUCAGCCCUCACGCUCGACAAGCACCCCGGACACAAUGCGGCGGCCAACGGGCCCAUGCUGGUGCUGAGGGGCAGCUUCGACGAGGCACAGCCGUACGCUCACAUGAACGGGGGCCGCAAGAACGAGCGUGCCCUGCCGCUGCCGCAGUCCUCCGCCUGCUGAUCCACCCACACACCACCACAACAACAACAACAACAACAAGCCACACAGAGGAGGCGGAGGAGGAGGAACGGGGAGAGGAGAGAGGGAAAGGGCGGUGAUUAUAAACAAACAGACCGACAAGAGCCGACUGUACCUCAGUGGAUUUUUCAUUUUUCUAUAGUCGUUGUUGUUGCUAUUAUUAUUAUUAUUAUUAUUAUUAUUAUUAUUAUUAUUAUUAUUAUUAUUAUUAACAAUAAUUAUAUUUGGAUAGAAAUUAAAAAAAAAAAAAAAAAAUUGCUGCACGGUGGAGACGGGAAGGUGAUUGGCACCUUGGUUUUUUUGUGUUUUUGGGGGAGUGGGAUUUAUUUAAUAAGAGAGAAAAACACUCCUCAGAGCCCCUGUGCUGCUGCUGUGGUGGGCUUGUUGGAAACUUUUUGCAAGGUUUAAAAAAACAAAAAAAACAAUUUAAUUAAAAAAAAAAUUGUGUGUGUGUAUAUAUACAUAUAUAUACACACUAAUUAAAAAGAGACAAAUAUGGUGAACAUAUCUGCCAGCGAAUCCAACAGAAAAGCACUUUGUUUUAGUUUUUUUGGGAGAGGGGCUGAUCCCAGGUUCUAUUGGAAACAUCCCCUCCCUCUCUCUCUCUCUCCCCCCUCUCCCUCCCCCUCUAUCUCCCUCUCUCUCCCUCCCUGUCUCUCUCUCCCCCUCUCCCUCUCGCUCUCGCUCUCGCUGUCCCCCCCCAUCUGGAACACUCUAUCGACAAGUUAUUUAUUUUGGGGCGUGGCGGGGGGUUCUGGAUUAAAGAUGUCUUCAUAUCGGUUUUCCUCAACGUGUGACUAGAACUUCUGCUUUGUUUAUUCCGGAGUUAUGGGAGGGUGGGUCAGGGACUUCUGUCAAAUCUUCCCAGUUUUUGCCAAAAUUGAACUUUUAUGUUGGUUCCUUUUCUCUCUCUCCCCCCCCCCCCCCCCCCGCCUCACUCGUUUUGGUUUGUUUUUUCACAUUACAAUGAACACAAAGGAUUUUAAAGGUCUGUUGUUCCACUGCGCAUUUCAUCCAAGUUUUUCUUUGUCAAGAGGAAGAAUGGAAAGCAUACUAGAAAAAAACCUGCUGCUUCACGAAAGCAAAAAAAAAAAGGACCCUACGCCAAAAAAAUAAAUACCGCAAACAGGAAAAAACAGGAAGGGAUGGAUUUUAAAGAAACAGGAAAACCAUGACGCAACAACCAAGCAAACACACUACAGCCUCACAACGUGGCAGGAGGUAAGAAAGGCACUUGAUUCUCCAGGUAUUCAAAGACUUCUCAAGAAUAUCUCUUCGCUCAACAAGAUUUGAACAUUUCUAACUUUAACAAAGGUCUUACAGUUGUAUGUUAGACCACGGAUCAUUUGCAUACAUCGUUUUUUUGUGUCACUUUUAUAACUUUUUUACAGUUCAGAUGUUCAUCUAAAUGUCUGUACAAACAGAAGCUGCUAUUUUAUUAUUUUUCCUAUGUGGAUGUAAUCUAUGAAAGCCUUCAGGUUUAACCCUCUGCAGCCCCGUUCUUAUGCUUUGUACUGUAGCGGGAAAAAAAAAAAGGUUAAAAAAAAAACAAAAAAAAAACAUAAAAAAAAACACUCAGAAAAAAAGGUUUAUUUUUUAAUUGCUUUAGGUUUUUCUUCUCCCUCUUUAUCCCUGAAAGGUUCAUCUGUUUUUGCCACAAAUUCUCCAAUGCCUUCUAUUUUUUUAACGGAUACAUUUCCUGAUUAUUAUUAUUAUUAUUAUUAUUAUUAUUAUUAUUAUUAUUAUUACUAAUAAUAAUAAAUAAUGAUAAAUAUUAUUAUUAUUAUUAUUAUUAUUAUUAUUAUUAUUAUUAUGGUUGUUAUUUUCUUAUGGACACCUUAGCUCCACGUGUGAGCGCUCGCUAGUGCCGCCCUUGUGUCGGUAGCUUGCAUUGCGAUUGGCAGCAUCAGCGCCCCUGUUAGCUGUGCAGGAUUCAAACUCAGGUCAAUAGAACGGUUUUACUAUUUUCAGACAUUCUCAAUAUUGUCCGCUAUAUAAGUUAUUUUCUUUCUUUUUUUCUUAUUGUUUCUUUCUCCCCCUCCCUCUGACCAGCCCCUUUACAGCAGAUGUUUUAUUGUGUUGUUGUUGUUAUUGUUGUUAUUAUUAUUAUUAUUAUUAUUAUUAUUAUUAUUAUUAUUAUUAUUGGGUACAAUAAGUGAUGAUUUGGCUGUGGCCUCUAGAUUUGAAGCGUGCUUCGUUAUUUUAAUUUGUUUUCUAUAAACUUUCAUGCUGAUAUUUUAACCCAUCCUUCACCAAAGAAACAAAAGCUUUUUUUUUUUCUGAUAGCGUAGUUGAGUUUGGCCAGUUGGGACCCCCUCCCCAUCCCCCAUGACACAAGGAAACAAAGGAAGAAAGGACCCUAAUGCACGCCCCAGCAGGAAACCCCAGCAGAACCAGCGCCUUGGGUAUUAUUAUUAUUGGAUCACUGGCUUCAGAGCUUUUACAGUCAAACCGAAACGAGUUCCUGUGCCCCUUUUAUCAUUUGCAGUCUUGGGUGUGUAGUUUGUUUGACUGUUUGCAUACGUCUUAGUAGGAAGGGUUAAAUAUCAGUGCAUAUGAUUGUGUUGUUUUUUUGUUGUUGCUUUCAGCAAACAUUUCAGUAUAGUAGUGGUUUUGAUGUAAGAUUCAGUUUGUAGUGGCUUCUCUGGUCCAAGUCUCUGUCCUGCAUGCUGUAGAACUGUCUCAUCGUGGGUUUCUAGGUUUCUUUUUUUCCUAAGAAGGUAUUCUAUUCUUUGUAGGAUCUUUUUAUUCAGUUAAAAUCACUGUAUAACUCACACCAUGAAUUCUAGUACCGAGUUGUUUGUUUCUUUUUGGUUUAAUUAUCAGGUGACCACCUUCUUCUUCUUCUUCUUCUUCUUCUUCUUAUUUUUCAAACAUUUAUCUACCUCAUUCUUUUUAUGCGUAUAAAAUGAAAAUACAUCUCGGCUGCCUGACGGGACAAUAUUACCGUUCUCUACAUCCGGGUAAACCUCAUUAAUACUACAAACCACAAACUCAAGUGUGGGAGAGGAGGGGAGCUGUCUUACAGGGGAGCUCUAAACCUGUUCUCAAAGACACGAAUGCAGAGACCGGGGGAGGGAGACUAGUCCUGCAUUCCACUCUCUGUUGUGGUCUGUAUAGAAAGUGUUACUGGAAAUCAAGGGAUGGGAUAACGCACUCCACUGUGGGGCGACAAGGGGGAAGUGAUACAAAUCAAAGAGCUGCAGUGCGUUUUAAAUCCAUUAUCAUUGUGAGCAAGUUUAGCAUCUAGAGACGUUUGUGUGUGUGUUGGAUUUAAAGAAGGAGCCUGAAUGUUCAAGUGCAAUGUCUUUUGGUUUUUAUUUAACCAGUUAUAACCUCCACUACAGAUAUCUCCCCUCCACUUCUUUACACAUUGAUUUCCACAACCAGAGAUCCUCAGAUCAUACAGCUGGCUAAAACUGUCUCAUUAUUAUUAUUAUUAUUAUUAUUAUUAUUAUUAUUAUUAUUAUUAUUAUUAUUAUUCUAAGAAGAAACGUGUUAUUGUACCGUUAUAUAGAUGGGUUAAAAACCCAACCCCCCAUGAGAACGCUGUGUGUCUGUCUUUGAUAUCUGUGCAACACCGAUGGGAACACAGUUGAAUUCAGCACUGUGUAGAUGUUGGAUAGAUGAAUAGGUUCAUUGAAGUCAUUAGGCUAGCUCAGGACCCAAUGGCUCUGUGUAGACUGGUCACUAUCACCCACAGACUGGUUCAUUGAAUUCAUUAGGCUAGCUCAGGACCCAAUGGCUUUCAAGUCUCCUGCAGCAGAUCAGUUGCAUCUGCAGACCAAGGGCUUUUGACAGGGCCUGCUCUGGCAAGCCUUGCGCAUUGCCCACGAGGAGUGCCUCUUAUCAGUGUAUUCAGGAAGGGUUUUGGUCCUGAAGUUAGUGUGUGGAAGUUCAGUCAUGCAGAGGUGUUGCAAAGGGCAUCAGGAAGCAGAGACAGAUCAAGUGGUGGGGGAAGUCACUGACAGCCUGGUCUCUCACUCUGCUUCAAGCCAAGGCUGAUGCCACCGAGCGCUUCGUGUUUUAUUGGAGAACUCUGGGGACUUUUAAUAAUAAUAAAAAUAAUAAUAAUAAUAAUAAUCAUAAUACUCAUAAUAAUAAUCAUAAUGAUGAGGGAAAGAAUUGCUAGCAGUAGUGUAUGUCCCACUGACUGAUUCAGACGCACAUUCAUAUUUUGAUCUCUAGUAAGUGAUCAGGAAAGUGAGUUGGGUUUGUGGCCUGGCCUUCCACGAGACUCUUCAGAAGAGGUGAAGAAUUCUCUUUCUCUGCUGCUGCUGCUUCAGAUGGCGCUGCUUUGAAGAGUUUUGUCAUGCACCAGGAAUGCAAACUGGAACGUACUUAAAGGGACAGACCCUUUCCGGAACAAUUAAGAACAGCCCCAGGGAAUUGGGAAAUAAGUAUAGCGAUUGGAAAUUUGGGUUGAUGCUCUAGUGGCACAAAGCUCGGCAGAAGUGCUUCUCAUAACGAGAUAUGUGAGGUGAGCUGAUCACUGUUCUACCAAGGCUCUGUGCUUGGUGGGUGUUGGGGCUCAAAGUGCUUCUCAUAAAGAGAUAUGUGAGGUGAGCUGAUCACUGUUCUACCAAGGCUCUGUGCUUGGUGGGUGUUGGGGCUCAAAGUGCUUCUCAUAACGAGAUAUGUGAGGUGAGCUGAUCACUGUUCUACCAAGGCUCUGUGCUUGGUGGGUGUUGGGUCUCGUAAUCUUUUGUCUUUUUGUUUUAUUAAAAACACAAACCUGUACGUUGAUGUCAGUGCUUAUUUCUUCGCUUUCGUUAGUGAUGAGGUGGAGAUAACCUAGACCUUCAGUCCAUUGCUGCUGUUCAUGUGAUGAAACUGCCAUGGUUUACAAGAUACAAGUGCUGCCUGAUUUCUCUGUCACAAACACACACAUACAAAAACAGGACAGUCAUGUCCGGUAGAUUACGGGUAGUCAGAUGACAAUAACAAAAACGGUUUACAAAUACAUUUAGUGCAAUUUUAGUAUUUACAAAAAAUAGUUAUCAGUGCAUUAGGGACCUGGAGGUGGACUUUUCUUUUUUCUUUUCAGAAAGGUGUAUGUGUAACACCUCACUUCGUUACGCCUAAAGAACGCAUUGCAAUCGUGGGCUUCAAGGUUACAGGUUUCAUUUCCAGGCACCAGUGUAUUAUCCUUAUUACAUCUGGCAUUCCUACAUGCUAGAAAAAAAAGGGGGGGGACACGAGACGAGACCUUGAUCUGCUGAAACAAACGUGUGUGUAGAUAUACAUGUACAUGUAUAGAUAUACAUACAUAUACCUGUGUGUGUGUGUGUCUCUAUAUAUAUAUAUAUAUAUAUAUAUAUAUAUAUAUAUAUAUAUAUAUAUAUAUGUGUGUGUGUUUAUAACUGUUCCAUUUGUGUCGCUACCACAACUCUUGUUUUUGUGUCACUCCGUUGAGAUGUCAAGGGUCUAAUGGUUUGGUUAUAGCCAGUUCUGUAUCUGAUGUGUCCUGGUUUUUGUCAAAACCAACCACCUCCAGUUCGGGAGGGGGGGCUCACAUCUUUGCUUGUCAUUUCUCUUGCUGUACAGUCGUAGAUAGAAGAUGGUUAUUUCUUUUUAAGGAUGAACCCCAAUUGGUUCUUGUUGGUUGGUAUGUGGGUGCCUGUGUUUGAGACAGCCAGUGCUUUACAGUCUGGUGGGAGCUGACACCCAAUCACAAACAUUGCUGCACAGCUCCUGGUCUCUGAUUGGACACCCAAUCACAAACAUUGCUGCACAGCUCCUCCUGGUCUCUGAUUGGACACCCAUUCACAAACAUUGCUGCACAGCUCCUGGUCUCUGAUUGGACACCCAAUCACAAACAUUGCUGCACAGCUCCUCCUGGUCUCUGAUUGGACACCCAAUCACAAACAUUGCUACAUUGCAUUCUUUGUUAUAAUUUGCUGCCUAUGUACCAGCGCAUCACCUCUGAGAUUUUAAAAAGAAAAUACCACCCAAGACCAGACACAUGGAGGCGAGAGUAUCAGUCUCAACUGUGCAGCUACAGGUACCCCAAACUCAUUGUGUAUAUACAGUAAUCUUUUUUUAUUCUUUUUUUUUGGAGGGGCGGGGAGGGGGGGCAGGGAGUAAACCGCAAACGUUUGGGUUUCUUCCGAAUGGAUCGGCCAGAGAAACGCUCUACAAAAGGGGCAAGGCUGAGGGCACCCAGUGGUGAAAUUGGAAAGAAUAUUAUAAAUAUUUUACAAAGGGGCUGGCACCUCAACAAGGCAACGAAAUACAAGCACUUAGAAAAAGAGUAUUCCAGAGGCAUGAGAACUAGCGCCUCUGUGUUCCACUGCGAUAUACCCACCCGCUUAAGCCUCUCUAUUUAAUUUCAGUUUUUUGGCCAAAGCCGACUGCUCCACCAUCUCUAGAGCAGUGUGAAAUAAGCAAUACUUCUGUCACUUUGUGGCUCACUCAGAACCAUGUACAGUUAACCGGGGGUGUGUAUAUCUGUGUAUAUAAAACACAGGGUAAUCAAUACAGUCACAACCCAUGAGAGCCUUCCUGACCCUACUGGACCAGGAAACAACCCCCCGAAACAUUGGACACAAACUCUCUCCUUUCGUUUUCUUUGUGCAGCACAUUAAUCACUAGCACAGCGACUUUGAAAGUAAAAAGAUAGAACCAUUCAAAAAGAAAUGACUUUGAUUUGGUAUGCAGACUUUCCAAAAACCCCAAACAUGACCAUUUAAAGCAAGACAGGAAGCAUUAAGCUCACUUGUCUGUAGCCGUCUGCUUGCUUUUUAUAUUGUUCUAAUGCAGUGGUAACUGGAUUUGAGGUGCUUGUUUUCACCCAGUCCAUUGACAAGCCAGUAUAAUCUCUACUGUAUAAACAAUGCUUUGACUCCCUAAGAAAAGGGAAGUGAAAUUUGACUUUUGUGUUGCACAUACUGUUUCUUUAUUAGGUGCCAGUUCUUCUAGAGGGUUCCAUGUAUGUGUAUACAUUUGUUUGUGUGUGUAUUUACACACACACACACAAAUAUCACUUGUUUUCUUUGAUUUUACCACUGGAAAACCUUAUGGAUCUGACUUAUUGCAAACCGUACACUUUCCAUUUUUUUCUUGUUCAUAAAUAAAUAAAGAGCAAGAUGGCCAAUUUGUUUCAUACAAAUGACGACUUUGCUGUGUGUAAAUUAUUCAUACAUAUUCCUGUGUUUAUAUUAAAAACAUGAUUCAGUAGAUGAUUGAACGUUUUUUUUGUAUAUUCUGUUGUAAGAAUUGAUUUCUGUUUUAUAUUCUGGAUUCUUUACAUUUUAUGGGGGGGUUAAAAAUCAAACACACUUUUGAACGGCUGAAGAGGAUUUUAGUUUCUCUUGCUCUUGCUUUUUUUUCUAGUAGUUGCAGUACUACAAGAUUUAAGUUAAAUAAAAAUAAUUCUGUAUGCAAAA